GUCUGGGAUCUUGGUGAAGAUGCAGAAUGGAAAUGCACUGCUAGUUGGAAGGUAAAGUAUAUUUAUUUUGAACUGGUACUCCCCUUGACACUUGUAUUUAUUAAUGAAGUAAUAUUCUAUUUUAUACUCCAGACUCAUUACGGUUCAGUAUGGCGCGUAACGUGGGCACAUCCAGAGUUUGGUCAAGUCUUAGCAACAUGUUCAUUUGAUAACACUGCUGCUGUCUGGGAGGAACAAAGUACGCUUUAAAUAAUCUGGUGCUGAGAUUAACAAGUAGUGUCUGCUUUUCCCAAGUCUGAUUCUGAUCCCAGUUAUUUAAACUAUCAAACAUGUCAAAUGAUGCCAUUAAUUUUGCAUGCAAAUUGGCAUAACUUUUGCAUGUAAUUGCCAUGUGUGCUCUAGCUAAGAAAUAAUUCUGAUUCUCGUCAAAGCUACAAAUGAGACAAACUGCAUAGGAUAUCAACUCUCUCUUGAUUCUCAUCUUAAUUCGCUCGUUUUAAUAUUCUUAAAUAGUUGCCACAGAAACACGACGAGGAACAGGAACACAGAGAGGUCAAAGCUUCUGG